GUCCUAUUUAUGUUCAGCUGUUGUUAGCAUUUGCAGCUUGACUCCUUCUCCUUCAGUGUUACUAGUAUGCAAAAUCAGUUCUGUCAGGCACUCAUCUGUGAAAAAGUUUAAAUUGUAUUUGUUCAACUUAAACUAUUUCUUCCUAUACUGGGUCAUUAAUUUCCUUCAAGGCUAGGAAUCUUUUUACAUGUUGUGUCCUCACAUUUUGAUACAUAAAAUCUAGAAUAGUUUAAAAAACAAACACACACACCUUUAGAUACCGUUAAUUCUUAUGCAAAUAAUUUUAAUGUGCAACUUAUAAAAAUAGUUUGUAGGCUUUAAUGAAUCUAAUUCAUACAGAUGUGAUAUAUACUCUCUCUCUCUCUCUCUCUCUCUCUCUCUCUCUCUCUCUCUCUCUGUUCUGCAAAUAAGAAUCAGCUUAAUUUUCUGGUGCUGUUGAAGCAUCCCCUUGUGAUAUGUAGUCAGAGCCCUUUCAGUCUGUAAAUGUUGCUUAGGGAAUAUGCCAUUUAUGUUUUCAAUAUUGUUUUGCAGCUGUUGAGGCCAGAAAUUAUUUUAGGUACUCAUUUCAAACUGAUUCUCCAUAGCUAACAAAUUUCUUUGUGCCCAAAUGUAAAACUUCUGGCCACAAAUGACUGUAUUUUUGCCUUGGAUCUAUAAAGAGAAUUUAUGUUGCUGCCUGUUAGACAACAUAAUGCAAGCUUAACUACCCUAUAAUGCAGGCGUAACAUUUGAGAUAUAUAUAUCCCAGACACAUGCAGAUGCCCCCCAACUUUACCUCCUUCAAUAUUUGUAUAAAAUAUUUGUAUAAAAAUGUAUAUGUACAUUAUGAAUAUGAAUUAUGUAAAAUGCAUUGUUUUAUGGAUUACAAUAAAUGAAACUUAGUUUUGUGUUGGCAAAAGAGGUUUUGGGUUUGUUUUUUUGAGCCAGGUGCAAUUACCCCAGGUAAAUGCAUUUUAAAGUACAGAAUUGGAGUACACCUUCUACCUCUAAACCUCUGCAUGUUAACAGCAACAUAUUUUAUCUGGAUGAUAGCCAGUAUUUGUCUGGAGUAGACCUAUUGAAAUCAAUGGACAUAAGCAACCACUGAUUUCAUUGAGAUUACUCAGAAUAUGCUUUCCUUGAAUAUCACCUACUGUCAACAAUUGACUUCAGAACUAAGUUUAAUGACUGAAUUGCAACUAUGGGGGAACAUUUGCUUAACAUGGAAUUUUGCAUGAUGUUCUGAUGUUGCUGCAUCAUCAUAAUAGUGCUCCAUUAGGACAGUGCAACAACAUCUGUAUUUUUAUAUAGUUGUCAUGGAUAUUUAGCAUUUCUCUUCCAGGUAAAAUGCUGAUUGUGCUGCUCAGUAUUUAAUCUCAAAAUUAAAGCAGCCCAGCCACCCAUUGGUCCCUCGGUGAAAGGCAACUUCUUUCAGUUGAGUAGCUUGUUAAACCUUCUGCUCCAUCUGCUCUGUGACUUAACAGAUACAUGUACCUUAAUGAUUCGUGAUUGGUGGAUGUGCAUGAUUAUCAGUGUAAUGUUUGAAUUUCUGGAGUACAGUCUGGAACAUCAGCUCCCAAACUUCAGUGAAUGUUGGUGGGACCACUGGAUUAUGGAUGUAGUAGUAUGCAAUGGACUUGGCAUUUAUUGUGGCAUGAAGACUUUGGGGUGGCUUUCUUUGAAAACGUAUAAAUGGCAAGGACUUUGGAACAUUCCGACAUACAAAGGAAAAAUGAAGAGAAUUGCCUUCCAAUUCACGCCAUACAGCUGGGUUAAAUUUGAGUGGAAGCCAGCAUCCAGUCUUCGCAGAUGGCUAGCAGUCUGUGGUAUUAUUUUUAUAUUUUUAUUAGCAGAGUUGAACACUUUUUACUUGAAAUUCGUCUUGUGGAUGCCUCCAGAACACUACCUGGUCCUGCUGCGGCUUGUAUUUUAUGUGAAUGUGGGAGGUGUAGCCAUGAGAGAGAUCUAUGACUUCAUGGAUGAUCCAAAGUUCUAUAAGAAGUUGGGUCAGCAAGCAUGGUUGGUUGCUGCUAUCACAGCUACAGAGUUCCUGAUUGUGGUAAAAUAUGAUCCCUACACCCUGACAUUAUCACUUCCGUUCUACAUUACUCAGUGCUGGAUUCUUGGAGUCACACUUGUUCUUAUUUGGACAGUGUGGCGCUUCUUUAUUCGAAAUAUCACCUUACGGUAUAAAGAGAUAAGAAGGCAAAAGCAAGAACAUAAAUAUGGGAAGGACAAUUGUUUAAGGAAUGGUGAUGGACAUCCUGUACUGGCAGAUGAGCACAAUGGGAAUAAACUCAGAGAGAAAGAACUUUGAACUUGAGUAAUGAAUUAAGGACUGAGAGAGUUAUUUUUCUUGCAAGUUUAACCCUCCCUAGUUUUGUAAGUUUUGAUGUUUUCUCAUGAAUGAGAAUCCUUUUGGAAAAGGUGCCACCUAAUCUCUCUUGAGGAAGGUGUUUACAACUAACGCUAGAAGCAAUGCUUCUCCCAAAAGGGGAAUUCCACCUAAGUGUGUUAUAAAUGUCUGUCAUCUUACAAAAUGGAGGAUUAAACAGGUGCAAAGGGAAUCUUAGUAGCCUCAGUUCUGGAAAAUCAUGGCUGUUUGUGGGGUGUCAGGAACACAUUUUAUGGAAUAAAUAUGUGCACUGUGAAAAACAGUUUGGUAUUUUCCGCUGCAACUACCUUGGACUGUGUUACUAAUAUGUCCUCCUCAUCCAUUCAUUUUCAUUCAACUAUUAAUACAAUAUCAACAAAAUAAAUGGAGAGAUGCAAUUGAAGCUCAAGAACAAACUGCAUAACUUUGCACAAUAUACUAUUGCAAACAGCUCUUGGGGGUCCUCGAUCUAGUUGCCUUUGUCUCAAAGCAAAGGUGCAUUACCUUGAAACAGCCUGCUAGUUUUAUACUGCAUCCUCUUGAUACCAAAUACCUCUUCAGUUCAUAUUUAUCCUUGUCGUUCUUCUUAGGCCAGAAAGUUUAACUUUCCUGUCUGUUAGCUAAAUAGAGCAAAUGAAGGCUAUAAUGAACGUGAAAAAUAUUUAAUCCACCAAAGCUGUGUGUUCUUUGCCUUAUUUUUCUACCACUGAGCUGGUUUCUGCUCUUGCCUUGAGUCUUAGGACCUCCCCCCCCCCUCAAUUGCACAUGGCAGAGCAUAUCAUAUGAUCGUCCAGAACUGUCUUGUUACUUCUAGAGUUUAAGCUGCACUAGAUAAGGUGGAGUUAUAUCGAGGCAACUGCAGUGUGCACAGUCAGCCACUAUAUGCUAAAAGGCUACUGCUCAUGAGAGCCUCCAGUCCAAGAACUCUGGCUGUCUUAUUUGUCAUUUGCCUCCUAAAACUCCAUUGAACAAAUGGGAGUUCAUGUUACAAAUAUCUUCUCUACAAUUAGAGUUGUCAUAGGAACAGGUUUCAAAUUCCUAAAACAGUUGUGUGAAUUUUCUCCUUAAAUGUAACACUAAAUUAAUAUUAACAAAAUAACACUGUCUUAAAUAUGUUGAAACUUCUGGAAAUUUGCUUUGAAGUGAAUAUAAGUUAAAAUGUUAGCCCUACCCUUCUCUCUCUCUCUCUCUCUCUCUCUCUCUCUCUCUCUCUCUCUCUCUCUCUCUCUCUCUCUCUCUCUCUCUCCCCCCCCUCCCCUCCCCCAAUAAAAUCUCAAAAAUGCUGCGGGUUAAAGCACAAUGCACAGACCUUGGCUUCAUUUCAUGUCAAUACUUGAAUGGGAAAACAAGUCUGCCUUUGCCUUGUUUCUAGAGUGACACUAAUGCUCUCUUCUUAAACAAUUGACACUUUCAGCAGGGCAAAAUUAAAAAAAAAUCCAUAUAAAUGAAUCUUUGAAAACUCAGCAAAUGAAGUAAUUUUUUUAGCAUAUAAAAUGAGUGAAGGAACUCUGUUUCAUGAUGAUCAGAAUUAAGAAGAUCAUGUGAAGCUUAUUUCUUGAUUUGUGCAAGAUUUACCACUGAUAAGUCACUGAAUGGGUGAUGUUUAUAAUUAGGAUUUAUCUGUUGUUCAGUAAUAAUAAAUACUAUGGCUAUAGCUAGGCAUUAACAGACAUCUUAAAAGAGCAGAUGCUGAGUUGAGCUGGUACAUAAAAACAACCUUCUCCCCACAUGGAAGCAGUAGGUUUUUGAAGUUGUUCAGGUUAAUUUUGUACCUGUUUCGUGAACUGACUAGAGGUAGUACCAGUGUACCUGUGCUAAUGUGGCCCUAGUUUUUCAAGGCUUGCAUAGGCAUAUAGUCCAUGUCUGUUUUUGUACUAGUAAACUCUGCCCCCUUGUAAUUUUGUAUUGUUGUGCCCUCCAUGUAUUCUGGAGGUAACAAGUGCAAUGGGGAGAACGUUAAAGGAAUUUUAAGUUUUUGUUUUUUGAGGAACUAAUUGUGUAAAAUUUGAAGUAUAAGAGGGGGGGAAAAUGGUUUCCCAGAUUGAAGUUGACCUCUUAAAACAUUACUUUUGUACUGAUCUUUAUGUUCAUUGAAAUAUUGAGUCUUACAGUUAUAGUCUGGAUAACUGAACAAAUGUAAUAAAAAAGGUUGUUUGCUGGUG